GAGACAUCAGGAAGAGCGCCCAUGAGACAGCCUCUGGGCAAAAUGAGAAACUGGUGAUUUGUGAUUCACACUGACUCUACUGGAGAGAAAGAGAGACUUUAUUCAGUUAGGAGUUAGGCUGUGGCCAUCCAUGGCUGAUCCACUUGUAGCGCUGGCUUGUGGACUGUCUGCAGCAUUUCUGUUCCUGCUGCUGUUUGGCCUAUCAGUGUAUCUACUGUGGAGGAAGAGACGAACUCAAGCGCUCUACAGGGGACUGAUACCUGCCACCCCCACAAUCCCACGAUGCACCACUCCAGUGCUUCAGACAUCACAGAGCAGCAGCUAUGGCUCAGGUGAUGUUCCAUUCUUUGUGCCUCCUCGAUUCAAGAGAGCACCCCAACCAAACGAGGAGAAAGAGGAAAGAGAGUAUGCUGAGGAAUGGGAUCUCCAUCCGGAUCUAAACACCCAGCGAGGCUCUGUAACAUUAGGGAGUUGGUUCCCCCUUGGCAGCAUAAGACCAGACUUGUACCAGCUCCCAGAGGAACCCAGUGAAUGGGCCCUUCCCGAUGGCUCAGCUGUUCGUCUGUGGUUCGCUCUGCGGUACCAGCAGGAGAGAGAGCAGCUGGUGGUGUCUCUGCUGCGUGCCGCUAACCUGCCUGUUCAGUGCCAGGGUAAUGGCACACUGGUAAAAUUGCAGCUGUUGCCAUCCGAUGAUCGACGACAGCGUCAAGCCAAAGCACGGCGGAAAGGUUGUCAUCCACAGUUCAAUGACACCUUUGUGUUUCAGGUAUCUAAUGGUUGCAUUGACCAGUGCUCUCUGAAAAUGAGCAUGUACACUGUGGACCAUCAGAAGAAGCACCAUCUUGUAGGGCAGGUCAUGAUCCUCAGACAUUCCGAACUAAAGGAGACAGCAGGAAAAGUGCAAUGGAGGGAUCUGGACAAUGAAAGUGAUCAACCCCUUUCAAAAAAUGGUGACAUCCAGGUGUCUUUGAACUACAAUCAGUCCCUACACCGCCUCACUGUGGUUGUUCUACGAGCGCGAGGGUUGCAGUGUUGCAGUGAUUCAGGUGUGUGCGCCCAGGUCUCUCUGAAGAUACAUACUCAGGUUGUGAGGAACAAGUGGACCACUGUGGUGAAAGGAAAUAAUCCAUCCUUUAAUGAGAGGCUUACCUUCAGACUCCUCCCCAUGCAGCUGGACGCAGCCUGUCUGACCCUACAGCUCCAGCAGCCCAGCACAGAGGAACCUGUGUUGUUGGGCAUUGUGGUCAUUGGGCCGUUCAUGUAUGCGAGGGGCAGAGAGCUGGAACACUGGAACGACAUGGUCAGCAAACCACAGGAGCUGGUCAGGCAGUGGCACCCGCUGGGAUCCGCUGACACAGUACAGGAACUUCAGUGAACAACAUGCAACAAACUCAAUGCCACUUCCCUCCUCUCUUUGAAAACAACGAUAGCCUUUUUUCUUGCCUUUAGGGUGUAAGUGUUUCC